AUGCCAUUGCUACCCUUGAUUGAUACCAUGGACGCUUCAGCUCUGUUUGGUGCACUUGAUAAUCCAGUCGCCACCAGCAAAUGGACUAUUUCCAAGAAUCAGCCGUUGGAAAUGGUGUUGAUGGCCAAGGCAGACUUGGAAACCGUAAAAAUAUUUUACGAGUUCUAUCCGAAAGCUUUGACCAAAAAUCUCUUUCGCAAUGUCCUCAUAAGCGGAGCAAAGCCGGGAGUGGUGGGUUUUCUGGCCUCUGUGCGCCCCAAUUUGGUGGAUGACGCGACUCUGAUAUUGGCCGUGGUACAAGGCCCGGGACCGGACAGACCCACCGAAAGUGAAAUCAUACUGCUGGCAGAAAUCAAUCCAGAUAUGCUAGUGCCACCAGGACCAGAAUUUCGGAUGCCACAUUCCUUGCGAUUGGUCCUCAACUGGAAGUACAGCAAGGAACUGACCCAGGCCCUCUUCCAAAUGGUGGCAAGCAAGGUACAACGAUUGGUCCUGCCCAAGGAUUUUAUCAUGGAUGAUCUGCCCAGUAUCUUUCCCUGGGUAGGUGAGGAUAUUGUAAAUUCACCCUUGAAACGGACGGCAUUGGACAUGGAGGCAUUGGUAAGCAUGGAACCAAUACUAGGCAGCAACAAUAUUAUAUCCUUGGAGAGUUGGUGUGACACGUGGGAAUUGGAUGCAUUUUCUCAAUUUGUCCAAGGUGUCGUUUCCAAUCAAGGCAUCCAUCGUCUGCUACUUCGAAUCCCAGACAUGGGGCAACAAAAAAGGCCAACGUGGUUCAAUACAGAAACAAAAUUCGCGCAGCUGCUGGCAGAGUGCAGUCUCAAAAUAUUGCGUUUGGAUAUGGGUCCCUUGGACGUUGGCUUCCUCAAGCAUUGCCUGGAUGGGAUGACAUGUCUGGAAUCGUUGGAUAUCAAGCUUGUAAAAGCCGAUCUUGCUGCUGCAUCUGCAGUGACAGCAACCAUCAGUCGUUUCCUCAGAACCGACGAUUGGUUGGAAUCCUUGAUUAUUGAAGCAUCAAGUGACAAGACAGCAAGAGGGCUGGAUCCAAUUCUCAAUGCGCUCGAAAGCAAUGAUACGCUCACAGGGUUUUACUAUUAUCAGGGGGAUACCGCGCCUGACAAGUUCCAACGAUACCAUCAAAAGUUGACGGAUAUCCUCCGGAAGUCCAAUUCAACACUACAAGUUGUCCAUUUCAUUGAUGGAGUCACGGACAACAACCAAGAGGGCAAUCUCUGCAGCCCUCUUCAUCCGAGUCAACAUUUGCUGCCUUUUUACACAACCCUCAAUCGUUUUCAACGCAAGAAUGCACACAACCCACAAACUUCGAAAGCUGACUUUGUAAAGCUGGUGGUGCAAGUUACACAAAAGGCAUUCUAUUUCGACCAGGAAAAACAAGACCCUUGCACAGAGGAGGAUAUCUUAAACAUUGUCUAUGGGCUUCUUCGGGGGAAUCCAAACACAUGGUGUCACCAUCAACCACUCCAAAGCCCCGAGCGCAAGAAGGUCAGUCAUUACCGUGUCCCAAUUAAUCGAGAGAUGUUUGAAGUUUCGAUGCCCAAAUAUCGAGUUUCCACCUCACUUAUUUCAUGUAACUUUUUUCCAUGUCGAUACUCCAAACAUGAAAUUUCGAUCGUUCGACCUUCAAAGUCGAAUGGAUCGAAACAUGAAAUCAACACCAGGAACCAGGAAAAGGACAAGGUGCUCAUGGCACCGUGCCUUCGUGAGAGUGAACAGCAGCCGACGGAAACUAACUUUGAUCAACAAAAGCCAAGCAGCAAUACCAACAGUAACAAAAACCACAACAAAGAGCAACUUACCGCAGCAGCAACCACGCUACAUGCAACCGACCGCAUCCUCUCGUCAAAGACAUAA